UUGGAUGAGGAAAAUGAUAAGAAGUUGAGGUAGAAGGGGAAACGUCGCAUAAAUUUAAAUAAAACUUUCGAUGAGUAUUAAAGACAGUCAACCAUGUCUAAGUUAACAGUGACUUUAUUUCUUGUUUUCGUAUUUAUUUAUAUUGUUAUUGUUGAUGCUGUACCGGUAAAAAAUGAUAAGCCGAUACUGUUAUCAUCUUUAGAUCCUAAUUGGCAUUUUAUUCCUGUUGAACAUGAAUCUAGUAGUAUCAAUUUAUUCAAUGAUGAACCAAAUCCUUAUGAUACAGAUGAAAAUAAUGAUGGAAUUAUGUCAUCAAUAUAUAACCGUAUAUAUAAUUGGACAUUAAAACCAUUAAAAGACUUGACAUCAUGGAUGUUUAGUCCAGUGAAAUCAAUUAUUGAUAAAACAAAAAGUUUCAUGGGAUUUGGUAAUGAUAAAAAAAAUGACAAUGCAUCACGAUCCCGACGCAAACGUGGAAUAGUUGGGUCAGUUACAAAUUCGGCUAUAAAUACGAUUUAUUUACCAUUUUCAUUUAUAUAUGAUAUUGCGUUAGCACCAUUUCGAUUUAUAAUACGUAUUAUUAGUUUUAUAACGGCACCAUUUCGUGGUGUAGUAAAUAGAGUAGGACGUAAGAUAUUACCAUCAUAUUAUAUGAAAAAUAAUGUGAAUCCCAAUGUUGAAUUGGAAUUAUCUUCAAAUACAGGCUCAACAACAACUGAUGAUGAUAAAUUAUGGGAUGCGAUGAUGAAUAAUUUGAGAGAACUUGCUAAACAUGCUGCAAUUAAAAUGGCUAGUAAGGGAUGGGAAUAUAGUAAAGAAGAAGUUCUACCGGCAAUUGAUACGCUUGUUGAUAAAUACGGCGAUUCGGAAUAUUUGCCAGAAGAUUUUAAAAAAAUGAUGAAAAAGUUCCAUUCAUUCUAUAAAAUUACACAUUUAUUCAAUAUAAUAUAAAAAUUUAUAAAGGUUCAAAUCUCAAGAUACCAUUCCAUGUUGAUUAUUUAACUCUACUUAUUGUUAAUAAAA